AUGGGUCCGUUGAACGGAUUAGCCAAAUUAUUUUUACAACAACUCGAUCUAGGCGUAAAAUUUGCGCAAAUACAACAAUCUAUCCUGACCUUCAUUAAAGGGCAUAAUCUUACACUCGUCGAAAUUGUGGAACGUCUUCAAAAAGGUUAUAAAGGUCGUGAGUACCGCAAACAAUUUAAAGUAUUGAGCGGAUUCUUAUACGAACGAUUCCUGGAAUGUCACGAUUCGAAAAAAGCCUUUGCAGAGUAUAAAGCCGCGGCGGAAACGGAAUGUCCAUAUGGAUAUUUAUUUGUUGGCAUUUGCUAUGAAAAUGGUAUCGGCGUACAUAUAGAUUCUGAAAAAGCUUUCAAAAAUUAUCAAAAAUCGGUUGAAUAUAGCCGAAACAGACCUUUUCCGUGCGGCCAAUAUCGCCUUGCUAGGUGUUACGAACGUGGUAUAGGAACCUCGGUUAAUCAUGAGUUUGCUUUCAACUGUUACACACGUGCCGCGAAUGCCGGUAAUCUCGACGCUCUAAAUAGCCUCGGUUGCUGGUACCAAAAAGGCAAAUAUGUGAAACAAGAUUUCUCAGAAGCUUACAAAAACUAUAAAAAAGCUGCGGACGGUGGUCUUCCCUGUGCCCAAUUCAAUGUAGCCGAAUUCCUUCGUCUCGGAUGUGGUGUCAAAAAGAACGAGCUAGAAGCUUUUCAUUGGUAUCAAACAGCUGCGAAUAAUGGCGAAUCAAGUGCUCAAUACUGGUUAGCACAACAUUAUGAGGAAGACAAAAAUAAAAACGAUAAAUUGGCUUUGAAAUGGUAUUUGAAAGCGGCUGAAGCGACUCAAAUCACGGAAGAAAUUGUCCAAACUUAUUAUAGUCUUGCUCUAAUUUAUGAUUACGGUCAGCUUGGCGUGGUUCGUGAUGAUAAAAAAGCUUUCGAAUGGUACCAAAAAGCAUCGGAUGUCGGUAUUAUCGAAGCUACUAGACGAUUAUCUGAAUGUUAUCGACGUGGUCUUGGUACUGAAAUUGAUCUUGAAAAAGCAAAUAAAUUAGCCAAAUUAAUAUCAGAUACAAAAGAAAAUGAAGCAGAGAAAAAGUAUCGAAGAAUCUUAUCAGUUUCUCUUUCAUCAAUAAAAACGCUGUAA